AUGGGGUGGUCUGUGGGAGACGGUACCAUGAUUAACGCAUGGAACGAUCCAUGGCUUAGCUCCACGCAACAGCUACGGCCAAUGGGGGAAGCAGUAAAGAAAUGCAAAGAGCUGGAGAUCCAGCGAAUUCGUUGCGAGUCGGAUUCGUCGCAGCUUAUCAAAGCUUUAAACUCGAUUGUAGAACCACCUGAGAUCUAUGGUAUUGUAGCAGACAUUAGGAUAGAGUGUGCUGAUUUUGAGUCUUUUUCUUUUGAUUGGAUUCCUCAUGGAAGGAAUUCUGAUGCUGAUACUUUGGCAAAACAAGCACUAUGCCUUGUAACGGUUGCACAAACCGCUUGA